CAAUGCCAGGUUCAAAGAAUCUUCACCAGUGUCACCUGCGCCAUCAACCGGCUAUCCAAUGCUCUAGGACCAUCGUGUAGUGAGCACAUACCAGGUUUGUAGUAAUGGUCUGCCAUACUGCAUCAUCACCGCAUUUCCUCCACCGUAAGGGGACUGCACCCGUCACGUGAGUCAACCCGACAUAUGCCAAGGCUGGGAGACCCACUCCACUGGCCACAUCCGACCAAAAUUCGAAAAUACUGCUGGUUGCGUUAUCCUUCCCUCGUCUUCUCACACCCAAAUUCCUCGACCGGAGCGCACUCAACUAUUUUCUACUUGAACAAGUAGCGCGCAGCGAUGGCACCCAAAAAGUCAAAGAAGACGGCCGACAGCAUCAACUCGCGCCUGGCGCUUGUGAUGAAGUCUGGCAAAGUCACACUCGGCUACAAAUCGACUUUGAAAACCCUCAGAUCUGGCAAGGCCAAGCUGGUGAUCAUUGCUGGCAACACUCCUCCCCUGCGAAAGUCGGAACUCGAGUACUACUCCAUGCUGGCAAAGACAAAUGUUCAUCAUUUCGCUGGAAACAACAUCGAACUCGGCACUGCCUGCGGAAAGCUCUACCGAUGCUCAACUUUGGCCGUUCUCGACGCCGGUGACUCCGAUAUCCUCAGCGGUACCGUUGCAUAGACGCAUCCCAUGGCGUGCUUCUACGUUCAGCCAGCUUGAUCAAUGCAUGGCGAGUACGGAUUGCGGGAUGCAACUCCUCGCGUCAGAUCCAACUCCAAGCAAUCGGGAAGGCCUGUGGGCCGAGACCUAGUCAUGGGUUGCAACACUUCCACUAUCUCAGAGGAAUGUCCCGAGCGCUCUUGCAUCGGAAGGGUGAGCUUGUUCACCGUUUGUAGCGAAUUCAAUGCAGGCAAUUCCAACACCAUGCGUCUACUUUCUUCACUGCUCGAUGUUUUUCAUUCUGUAGGAAGAUUCGUAUCUUGCGACUUCAAAUGAGCGGCCGGGAACAUAUGGUUCGUACUGCUCGUCUGAGCUGACCGCACGAGUCAUGGCUUCUCUUACUCGGCAUGGCUCGAUUGCUCAAAUCCAUAUGUAGUUCGUAGAUAGCAAUCAAAUGCAGGUCGACUGGCUGGCUCACAUGGCCAGUUUUUCGGCCUUG